AUGACACUAACGGGUGUCACCUCCAAAGCAAUCCGUAAAGGGGACCCGGAGCCACCUCUGGCUUCUGGAAAAUUCCGAAUUUACAACAUGCGGUUCUGCCCAUGGGCAGAACGGGCCAUGAUCUAUGUUGCAGCGAAGGGAAUCGAAGCGGAAGUGAUCAACCUAAAUGUGACCGACAAGCCGGAAUGGUUCUAUUCUAAACACUAUCAGGGAAAGGCGCCCGCCAUCGAGCAUGACGGAAAAAUUGUGAUCGAGUCUGGAUUCAUUCCAGAAUAUUUGGACGACGCAUUUCCCGAAUCCAGAAUUCUGCCGACGGAUCCAUUUGAGAAGGUUCAGCAGAAGCUGCUAGCUGAGAGAUUGACUAUGGUCGCUCAUGCUGUCCCCCAACUGUUCGCAGUGAUGAGAGAUCGAAAUUUGAAAAAUGAGAAACAGGAAAAAGUUUUUGAAGUAUUGCAACAGGCUGAAAAUUUGUUGGUCCAUGAUUUUUAUGCAGGCUCCGCCCCCGGCUACCCCGACUAUCUCACAUUCCCGUUUUUCGAGAAAAUCUGGUGGUCCGCCAGCCUCGACGACGUCGUCGAUCUUCCGAUUCGCGGAUUUCCGGGAAUUCAAAAAUUCCCAAAAUUGACGGCGUGGUUCGAGAGGAUUCUGAAUUCCGACGUCGUCCAGUCCGUCACCCAGCCCAUCGAAUUUGGGGCCGAGUUUAUGAAUGCAUAUGCGACUCAUGGAACAUUGAACUAUGAUUUGGGACUUUGA